AUGUCUGUAAGUGCAUUGACGGUGGCCGGUUCUAGGACGUCUGGAACACCCAUUCGUACACAAAAUGUAAUGGCUGCAAAUGCUAUCGCAAACAUCGUUAAAAGCUCAUUGGGACCGGUUGGCCUGGAUAAAAUGUUGGUCGAUGACAUUGGAGAUGUCACAGUAACCAACGACGGUGCUACUAUUCUGAAGUUAUUGGAUGUCGAACAUCCAGCUGCUCGUGUCCUCGUUGAAUUGGCUCAAUUACAAGAUGAAGAAGUUGGUGAUGGCACGACAUCAGUUGUUAUAAUAGCAGCAGAAUUACUAAAAAAUGCAGAUGAGUUAGUUAAACAAAAAAUACAUCCCACAUCUAUCAUAAGCGGAUAUCGUUUGGCAUGCAAAGAGUCUUGCAAGUAUAUUCAGAACAAUUUAACUGUAAAUGUUGACGAUUUACGACGUGAUUGGUUGGAAAAUGCUGCUACUACAUCUAUGUCUAGCAAAUUAAUCAUGGCUGAUUCAGAAUUCUUUUCAAAAAUGGUUGUAGAUGCUUGCAUGCUUGUGAAACGACCAUCUGAUAAACGUGGUGGAGUAUCUGUUCCUAUUAAAACCAUCAAUGUACUUAAAGCUCAUGGUAAAAGUGCACGAGAAAGUUUACUCAUUCAAGGAUAUGCUUUGAAUUGUACUGUUGCUUCUGAAGCAAUGCAAAAAAAAAUCGUAAAUGCCAAAAUUGCCUGUUUAGAUUUUUCUCUACAAAAAACUAAAAUGAAAUUAGGUGUACAGGUUUUGGUUAAUGACGUUGACCAGCUGGAAGCGAUACGUCAACGUGAGUCUGAUAUAACUAAAGAACGAGUUCAAAAAAUUUUAGCAACUGGAGCUAAUGUCAUAUUAUGCACGGGUGGUAUUGAUGACAUUUGCUUGAAGUAUUUCAUUGAAGCAAAAGCUUUGGCUGUACGCCGUGUUAAGAAGGUUGAUUUAAAAAGAAUCGCAAAAGCCACAGGUGCAGCUUUUUUGACUUCUUUAACAAAUAUGGAAGGAGAAGAGACUUUUGAAAGUUCUAGUCUUGGUGAAGCUGCUGAAGUUGUACAAGACCAAAUAUCUGACGAUGAAUUAAUAAUUGUUAAAGGACCAAAAGCUCAAAGUGCUGCAUCAAUUAUACUACGUGGCCCAAACGAUUUCUAUUGUGAUGAAAUGGAACGUUCCAUUCAUGAUGCUCUGUGUGCCGUUCAGCGUGUGCUUGAAUCUAAAUCGGCUGUUGCUGGUGGUGGAGCAGUUGAAGCUGCUUUAUCUAUUUAUUUAGAAAAUUUCGCUACAUCUUUGAGUUCUCGGGAGCAACUGGCUAUUGCAGAAUUUGCACGCUCUCUGUUGGUUAUUCCUAAAACCUUGGCGAUUAAUGCUGCACAAGACGCUACAGAGUUGGUGGCUAAACUCAGAUCUUACCAUAAUGAAAGCCAAACAAGUAGUGAAAACGAUGUCUAUAAAUGGUAUGGAUUAGAUUUGGAAGAAGGUGAAAUACGGGACAAUCUUAAAGCUGGUGUCCUGGAACCUGCUAUAUCUAAAGUUAAGUCAUUGAAAUUUGCAACAGAGGCUGCAAUUACUAUUCUUAGAAUAGAUGAUAUGAUUAAAUUAGAUCCUGAACAGAAAGCUGGACGUGGAUAUCAACAAGCAUAUGAUGCUGGAGAGCUUUAA